AUGCCCAAAAUUAGCGGUAAUUGGAUUUUAUACCUAUCAACGUUUACAGCCAAUUUGUUUUUCUUCUCUUUCGGCACCAUGAUGUCGUGGAAUACUCCAGUUUUGUUGAAAUUUCGAUCGGACAACAACGAAACUAAUCCUCUAGGAGCUCCACUCACCGUCUUCCAGUUGUCAUUGUGCACCUCAAUAUACCCCUUUGCAUCAAUAUUUGCAGGACUUUUAGUGUCGAAGAUGCCUGACAUAUUCGGCAGGAAGAGAUCCAUGAUCUACAUAGCUUCUGCUGGACUGUUGUGUUACAUUGGUUUAGCAUUCGUUAAAAACGUUUGGUUGUAUUGUGUAAUUUAUAUGUUAGUUAGUUUUGCUAUCACCGGUGGCAUUGUAGUGGCGCCAACUUAUGUUUCCGAAAUAACUGAAACGAGUAACAGAGGCUCAUUGAGCUCAAUUGUGGCAGUAGCAACGACAUCUGGACAAUUGUAUUUAUUUUUUUUGAGUUCAUUUGCGGAUUUCAACACGCUGUCGUUGUGUUGUGGUAUGCCCUUUUUGUUGAUGAUCAUAUUGUCAUUCUUUACAUAUGAAUCGCCGAUAUUGCUAUCUAUGAGAGGCGACACGGACGGAGCUUUAAGCAUAUUAAAAAAAUUAAGGGGAAACGUGGAUCCAUCUAAAUUGGAAGCGGAGCUAAAAGAGAAAGAGAAGAUGAUUAAAAAGAAUGACAAGAAAGGCGCUCUGAAAAUUUUAUUCAAAACUUCAGCCGGUAGGAAAGCUUUGUUUAUAGCAUUGUUGAUACGUUCAUUGCCUAGUAUUUCGGGAUUUUACGCCAUUCUAUCAUUCUUCGAUGAUUUUUUGCGAGAACCAACGCACAUGUCAGUUUCCUCAAACACACUUAGCAUAUUUGUAAUUACUUUUAAGAUGUGCACGGCUUGUUUGAUUUCGAGUUAUGUCGAUAGAUUUGGCAGGAGAAUAUAUCUUCUAUCUGGCUGUAUUGUAUAUUCAGCGUCCACAUUUUUCAUGGGUAUGUAUUUCAUGUGCAAAAACAACAAUAUGUAUAUACCUGAAGCCGUAAAGUAUGCUCCAAUUAUUUUAUUAUUCUUGGUCUCCUUGGGUUAUAUGCUGGGUCUUGCAGGCGUAACCUACACUUUAGAAUCGGAAAUUCUUCCCAAUGAAGCUAGAGCAGUGGGUUCCGGUUUUGUCGCGUGCAUUUCCAAUUUGUUAUUGUGUCUUAUAGCUGUUAGUUACCCAUAUAUCGAGACAUAUUUAGGUCUUCACUACUGCAUGUUCAUGUUUAGUGUCCCUAUUAUAAUUGGUUUUGUUCUAAUUUUCAUUUAUGUACCGGAAACUAAAGGAAAAACAUUUGAGGAAAUAAAAUGUUUGCUUGAGAAACAUUCAACAUAA